UAAAGCAAGCUCAUUAGUCUCUCAGCACUCGGCCGGGACACUUUUUCGUGGAUCAAGCUCGCAGAUAUUGUGUGUCCCGUACCAUAAACACCUUUGUCUCGUCCUUUCUCACCCUGUUCGUCGCUAAAACCCCUUUCAACAUUGCACCGACGAUCAGUCUUUGGCUCUGAACAAAGUUUGCGCAGAGUGCUCCUCCCGUGUUCGAAACAGGACUAUCUUGCCGCGAGGGGAUGCAAUCGAAUUCGAUGGGUUGCAGUGCACGUGUUAGUUGACUGUCGCGGAGCAUCGAACCCCACACGACCACGCGUCUCUCACUUCUAUUCGAAGUACCUACGCAAGGUCCAAAACGUUUAGUAUCCUCCAGGAGGGAUUUCCGUCCGUUCCUCUGUGAAGGUUCACCAGUUGGUUGAUGGUCGGGUGUCAGGGUAGAGAUAUUUUACCGGAGAAAAAUUCUGUAUAAAGAGAAUAUAGUUGAUUCGGUCGAAGAAGAAGAACGGAUCCAGAUAGGGAGGAUCGAAGCGGCUGGAAGGAGGACUCGGGCGGGUUAAGGUCGUCGACACGACGACGCGUCGCGUACGGGGCGGAACGGGAAGUCAGAAGACGGGGACGCUAUCGAGGACGGCCGAUGGUCGAAACAACGUCGAUCCAACGGUUCGCGAUCAAGUUCCCGAUGCUGCAGCCACCGUCUCCCUUAUUGGAGAUGGCAUCCCUGCGUCUGCCGGACUCGGAGGAGUUCGACGUCGACACGCGUCGUAGAAGUAACAACGGUAACGUUCAGCCUACGACCGUGUCGGCGGUGCCACCAACUACCGGCACCCUUCUACAGAUGAGGAACGACCUGGGUGAUUAUUUGAACAAUCUGAUCGCGGAGGCCAUCACGACCGAUCCAAGGACGUCGAUGGAGGAGCACGGUGGACUUUUGAAUGCUAGUAAAACGGCGAACCUGUCGACCGCCGAACAAAUACCCGACCGUCUGUACAGGCAUAGCAUGGCUAUGUCGGCGGUUUAUUGUGUCGCUUACGUCCUGGUCUUCGUCGUCGGUCUGAUCGGUAAUAGUUUCGUCAUAGCGGUAGUGUAUCGGUCCCCGCGGAUGAGGACCGUCACGAACUUCUUCAUCGUCAACCUUGCUGUUGCUGAUGUCCUCGUCAUCGUAUUCUGCCUGCCGGCUACUCUGAUGAGCAACAUAUUUGUCCCAUGGUUCCUGGGAUGGUUUAUGUGUAAAGCAGUAGCUUAUAUACAGGGCGUUUCCGUGGCGGCUUCUGUCUACAGCCUUGUUGCGGUUUCCUUGGACAGGUUCCUGGCCAUCUGGUGGCCACUGAAAUGCCAAAUAACGAAGAGGCGUGCCAGGAUGAUGAUAGUCGUGAUCUGGUUCAUCGCUUUGACAACUACAUCACCAUGGCUGCUAUUCUUCGACCUGGUCGCCAUUUACGACGACGAUCCAGACCUAAGACUCUGCCUGGAGGUGUGGCCCCACCCGGAAGACGGCACUCUCUUCUUCUUGAUCGGCAAUCUUACGCUCUGCUACGUACUUCCCACGAUUCUAAUCUCUCUCUGUUACAUAUUGAUAUGGAUCAAGGUCUGGCGAAGGCAUAUACCAACUGACACGAAAGACGCCCAGAUGGAGAGGAUACAGCAAAAGUCGAAGGUGAAGGUGGUGAAGAUGCUGGUAGUCGUGGUGAUCCUAUUCGUCCUAUCAUGGCUGCCUCUCUACGUGAUCUUCACGGUGAUCAAGCUCGGCGGUGACGCUGUUGAAAGGGAAGACGAAAUCCUGCCAAUCGCGACGCCGAUUGCUCAAUGGCUCGGCGCUAGUAAUUCAUGCAUUAAUCCGAUUCUGUACGCGUUCUUCAACAAGAAAUAUCGCCGCGGCUUCGUGGCGAUCCUGAAGAGCGGACGUUGCUGCGGCAAGAUCAGGUACUACGAGACGGUAGCUAUGAUGUCCUCGUCGACGAGCAUGAGGAAAUCUUCGUAUUACGUGAACAACAACAACAACAAUUCCUCGACCAGGCGUACCUUCCAUGGACCACCGGUGCACCAGGAGAGCAACGUGUCCUACAUAUUCAAUCACACUGGCGUCUAAAUCAACCGGCUUGUCGUGGAGAUGUUGAUGUUCGGGUAUUCCGAGGCUGGCUGCCCGGAACGGGCUUCAAAGUGAGCCGGUCCGAGAUUCUGGGUCACGCGUGAUCGCGACGAUUGUCACUCGGAUCGGAAGUCGCCGACACGAGGUUCAACGAUGACACCCAGCGUUGUUCUAUCCGCGAAUGUAUCGCCCGUUUCUUCAGCCGCGUUCGUAUGUGAUACGACGUGGCUAUCCCGGGAGUAUUUCUGGCUCCCGGUUCCUGUGUUGUUAUCGACGAGGAGAAACAACGUUUCUCGUUUACCGUCAUUUUCUAUUCUCACCGCGUUGUACAUUCUAUUUCGUUAAGAGUAUAAAAACCAGCUCUCUGCUCGCCGUUGUCACGGAUUCCUUGCUCGAAAUCAGGUCUGUCGAAUAGGCUUCGCGAGGCUUUCCCCCACCCCCUUUUCUUUUUCACGAACAUCUUUCUAGAUUUCUAAGGAAUCCACGAACAAAGAGGGACCGAGUCGUUUGGUUGUAAUUAACGAGAUAGGUGACAGGGGCGGGUAGGGGGAACGCGAGGAGAGGCGAAGUAGGUAGUUGCAGGGGGGUGUUUGAUCGACGGUUAACCUGCGAUAAUUAGUCGUUCGUGAUACUCGCCGAUCGUAACUCGGAUACAUUCAAUUAAUUUCGAGAGAGUAGUUGAGCACUCGACACGCUCGUCCAUUAUAAUUGCACGUCGUCCCCGUCGAAGGGUGGGAAGGGUGCGCGAUGAAAAAAAAAAAAAUGAUAAAAAGCAGCGCGCACCGUCGACUCGUCUCGACGAUUUACUACUCGUAAGUCCUUAGGCUAUUGUAACACAGAAAUUUAUCCGUGCAUUGCAUGCUGCGAUUUAAGCGACACUAAUUGCAUAACACCUAACGUUACCUUACACACAAGUACCGGUAUUAGCCGUGUACUAGAGCGAACGAGAGGAAAUGUGAGACAGAGAGAGAGAGAGAGAGAGAGAGAGAGAGAGAGAGAAAGAGAAAGAGGACGAGCUAUAUAGUCGAUCGAACUUUGAUUAAAACACUACCUCCGCAUAUGAGAAAAAAGCAGAUAACUACGUAUUAUACACUUGUACUUAUUACCGUAGCACGGUCGGCUCCAACAAGUAAUAUACACAUACAUAUAUAUUUUCUUAUCGGAACGUUAGAACGAUCUAGUCGUUUUUUGGGGACUUCUUAUGGUGCCAUUAUAUUGAUACACGCCUAACACGGUUUAUCGUGAUGAUUAAGAUUAAGCUGAUCCCGCGUGUGUCGACCAUGUGGAACAGAAUGCGCGGGACGCGCCUAGUUUAAUUGAUCCAAUCGAACGAUUAACGCGUUCACUGCAAUAUGGGCCAUAUAAUUCUUUAUUGAAUAUCAGUUUGCAAACUAAGCUGAUAUUUCCAUCAAUUUUCCACUAUUUCCAUCAGAAUCUCUCUAUAUCUGAUUUUCUUAUUUAAAGCAAUGUUAAAGGGUUGCUAGUCUAAAUCGAAUUGGAAAUAAUUGAAAUCAAUAAAAGAGGAAAGGUACAGCAGUGAACGUGUUAACAGUUAACAAGCUUUCGUCUUUAUCAGCGUUGCCAGGCCCCACCCAACUAAUCCUCGUUCAUCUCCCACCACAUCACCCCUCUACACCCAAACUAUCCAUCCGUCUGUGUGUCUACAUUCUACAUACAUAUAUGACCCGGAGAAAGGCGAAAGUGACCGACUUACCGUUUUGUCUCGGAUUAUUCUCAAUCGAUUACGUGUGCGACGAAUUAACGCGGUCACUGGCGACAAUAACGAUCUAUUACGCUCCGGGAGGGCAGCUCCUGUUACGAGCUAGUUCAGAGACCAUGUUAUUACGUACCAGCGGCAAAUGAUCGACAAGGAAGCCGUUGUUUUUUUUUUUCAUUUCUAUUCAAUUUCAUUCAUUUAUCAGAAAUCAUUGAAACGUGUCAGGUAAAAGGCAGAGGAUCGUCGAUCAUUUGCCACACGCACGUGUUCGUGUUUCUUAGAUCUCUUCAAUCGUAGGGAAAUUAUACAAGCAUACCUACUUGUUCGUUGACCGCAUCUCGUUUGAAUCCGCGGGUAACGGAGAAAUGAAACACGGAUUCUUCGAAAAGAAGAGAACGAACAAUGAGACGAUCGAGAAUGGACAAUUCAGGAAUUGUUCCUUGCUAGCGGCUUCUAACGAGGGUCUCAUUGAUCUUUUACGAGACUUCAAUCGGGCAUUCACGUAGCACUCUUCCUCGAGGCUGUGGAUCGUUUCCCACGCGAAUGAUCUGGGUGAAAAAGAAGAAAAAAUAGUACCUAAUUGGGAGUCAAAGAAACUGUCGGUAGUGAUGGGUAACGAUCACUUUGAACGUGGCAAAAAUAGUCGGAUUUUUGAAUCGUUUUAAAUUAUAUAUCAUUCCAAAAUUUCUUACACGGUGACAAAUUAAAUUUAAUUUUGUACAUUUUAUAAUUUUUAUUUCCUAAAUUUUAUCUUACGAAAAUUUGCCGUUUACGAAUGUUAUCGAGUGUCUAAUACCCAUCACUGGAACCGCUAUGUCAGUUCGACUUCCAAUGAUCAACGAAGACCAGACAAGAUGGAAACAGAAGAUUUCACGGUAGUCGCGUUGUAAUUACUGGCGAGAAUUAAGAAAAAAAAGAAAAAAAAAAAAAUCGAACCUUUAUAAGAAGUAAUGUGGUACGUCGUAAGAGCUGCGGGGUUUUAUGAUAGAGCAACUAUUUUCGUAAGGUUUUUAUACGUGGCGAGACAGGAUCUAGAUGUAACAGAAAACGUGUGAUGUAAAAAAGAAAAAAAUGUAGACGGUCGUGAGAUAAGUACUUAUUCAUAUCGAUAUUGUGGCUCAACGAUGCCGACAAACAAAUACAUAAGUCGCCUGACGGUUCUCUUAGCGUAAGGGGACAAUUGUUAAGAAUAGAACCACGGCACGACGAACGUGGGUGACGAGAAGAAGCAACAGAGAUUCAGAAAGUUGCUGAACGAAGGGCACACGUCGAGGAAUAUUAUCGCAAUCUCGAGAAGCGACUGUAUACGUACUAAAAACGUGACUAAGCAUCUAAGUUAACGAUCUAAACCGUAAGGAUGUAACAUUUAUAUUAUAUCGUAUACUUGUAUGUACACACGUGAAACUAUACGUCUAUCUGCUGUCUCUAUGUACAUAUGUAACUAAUCGUAUAUAUAAGUAUGUAUAUCGUUGCUAUGUUGUUAUCGUAUACAACGCCGCUGUCUUCGUUCUUAUUCGUUGUUUUAUCGGGAAUUAUAAGUCUCAUUGAUUCGGAUCGUUGCAAGUGCUCGUUGUUUGUUGGUUGAAUGUUACGAGAUACAUUUCCUGCAUGUAUGAUAGGAAAAUAUUGACUAACAGCAUUCUGAAAGGUCUUUGCGUGAUCAGUAUCAUUUUUUUUUUUUUUUUUAAUAGAACCGUAUAUAUUAUGGUAUAUUUUAGAAAAAGAUAUUUGGGAAUAUUUAUGUGGUACUGUUCAUAUAUUUUCUUAUAUAUGUUCUAAUGAUUUGAAGCAGUGAAUUAAUAUUCAUCUGUUUUCAUAUUUAACGUCGUUGUAAAUGAUAUUGUUGAUACUGUAAAUACUCCAGCGUUUGAUACAUUUCAAAUAAUGUGGUCUGUAAUAUCGUUGGCGUUUUAAAUGCUGGACAUUCAUCUGCUGUUAUUAAUAUUUGUUCCGGUAAUGCUGGUCACGCCAUGACCUUUCCAAUGGAACAGGAACAGAGGAGAAUGUAAUUGGUUAAUUGUAUAUAUCGGGAAAUUUGCGUGACGUUUAACUGGCCUGGUUCAUUUUCUUAAAUGAAAUAUAACGUUUACUUCGUCGUCUCCAAUCGAAGAGAUUGCACAUUUAUUCUCGUACAAAUGCACGGUUUGAUUCUAAAUUUGGUCUGAGAGCUUGAGAGAAUACACAGAAUAUUUCUGGUUUUUCCUAUGAAUAAAAGUAGGGACAAAGUGGUAUUAAAUGAAUGCAAAAGCUUUUGUAAUGUCGUCUGAUGGAGAACCUAUGUACUCUCUGUGUAUUGUGUAAUAAUUUAUAAGCGUAUAACUUAUUUACUGAUUCUAAUUCUAAGUAUUUUGCAUUUUUUAUGUAAGUGAAAUCAUGAAAAAUUCAUGGAAAAGUGAUAUGUGAACGAUUUUGACACUUUCAUUUUACCGACUGUACCGCUUGAGUAGUAUCGUUUAAGAUUCUCUAAUAAUUAAUUCUAUUUAAAAAAUGCGAAAUUAUUUUUAGUUUAAUCUAAAGGUCGACUUUGAAGAAAACUUUAUUUUACAUAUGAUAAUUUACAUAUCAUUCACUCAUAGAUAAUAUUCACUUCACAAUAAUUAAUUCACUCUUAAUUAACAACAGUGAAGCAACAAUUUGUAUCUGUCGUUCAGUUUUGUAAAAAUCUUUACCAUUGUGCGCAUAAUACAUACAUAUAUAUUUUCUUCUCUUCGUGUGAUUAACGAUUCAAUCUAUAAAUCUUCUCGUUGGAAUACCUUGUGAAAAGAAAAGUCAUCGCGUCAUUGAAAUACUUCAUCGAUGACACGAGUGCAUAGCGUUCAUCAAAGUCGACUUGUGUGAAGUGAAAAAAUUAUCAAUGAAAUGUUUGUACAAAACGAGGACAUAUUUCUAUUAAUACAGUUAUAGAUAAUUUACCGAGUCACAUUACAAGAAUAACAUGCUCUCAAUUUCUACAUACGUACAUAUGUACCAAACUUAGAAUCAUUCUGUCGUAACGUUUAAUUGUAAGAAAUAGUCACGAUUCAUUAAGAAAUAAGUGAUUCAUUAACCUGGCUAAUUAAUUGUCAAGCCAGCAUUUCCUAACACAACAACAAUUGGGUUUGCAAACGAGAUUGGAUCGAUUAUCAACUAAUCUCCAGCUCCGUUCCUAUGCUAUCGUUCACGGCGGACGAAUACAUAUAAAAAUAAAGAAAAAUAUUGUUGAAUGAAAGUUUUCAAAGUACGCAGUCGGUCGAUGAUUCGUUUUAGCUUACGCGUUUUAUAUAUUUAUUUUUUUACGCGGAUGAAUAACUGGAGAAUUGUAGUGUAUACCUUUCCAACAUAAGGGAGAAAUUGGUAUAAAAAAUUCUUUUAACGUCUAGGUAAUUAUUCGAAUCGUAUUUACAAAAUUUCUAGUGCAAAGGAUUAUUAAUUAAUUGCACAAGUUAAGAGAAAGCUACAGUCCUUGGUUAUUGUUCCAACUUACAACGAGAUAACUGAAAGUCUUGUUUAUGAUACAUUGAUCCUUUGAUAACCUGCAGAUUACAGAAUCAUUGUAAUUUCUAUAAAUUUUCAUUUAAAACGAGUUCGUGUUAAAAAUACUUGCGUUAUACAUAUAGAUCGUAAGGGUACGAAGCAAAGUGUGCAUCGAUCGUGAAAUCGAUACUCGAUCGCACACGUUCGACGAAGCACAAAUUCUCCGACAUUUGUUAGCCAUAGGCAGCAAUACUUUUAACGUUUCAGCACAAUUAUUGAAGUUAUUGUUUAUUGUUAAUCUAGAGAAAAGUAUUUUGAGUCUCGUGAUUCUCGAAUAUUAGAUUGUUGCAGAUAAAACGAUCAAUUUUUAAUAACUAUAACUUCAUUCAAUGUAUUGUUUAUUAAUUAAAUUGUAGUAAAUUUGCAAAUUCAUUUUGUAAUAAGAAUAUCAAUGAAACCCUUAUGUAAUUCUUUUUGUUGUACUUUAUGAUUUAAUUUAGUGUGCCAUAAGUGCUAUUUUGCAAUACUUUUAUGUCAUCAAAUUUUAUCAGACUUCAAUAACGUUGAAAUCGAUCGUUUGAUAUGCAACAGCCUAGUAGGUAUCAGAAUUGAGAUCGCUUCCGUUUUGUCGCUAUUAUGUGACAUUCUCUUAUCGUUAGUUUAUACAAUUACGAAAUGCAACAGCACAAAGAAAUCGAAUAGCGAUUGAUUGAUUACAUUGUUUUCCUAUGUGGGACGCUUGUAAUCUUGCACGCUUGACCGGCCAUUGGGAAGACAUUUACAUUUCGACGGAUUUGAAUUGACACUGUUUAUUGCCGAUAUGUUAAUUGUAUAAUAUGAUUGAAGUCUUUUUUUUUUAAUGUUAAACGUGAAGGGGCCAAUGCAUCGUGGUUUCGGAAAAAUUUCGAAGACUUCUUGAUCAUAUGCGAAGCUAAACGCGUAUUUCGUGCGAAAAUUCUUGACACUUUUUUCACCUGAAAAUUCGACGAAAAAGGAAAAGGUGAAAAUUUUCGAACGAAAUUUUCUUAAAACUUUCCAACGUGAACGAUGGCCGCAAGAGUCUCUACAUCUUUGACGAUUCAUCGAAUAUUUUUCUAUGCAAUUCGAUUAGACUUUUCGAUGCGAAGCGUGUAAAUAAACGAUAAUUUUAGAGGAAUAUUGUAUUAUAUCAUUAUCGACGUAUUAUUAAAUGAUUUAUUAUCGAUUUACAUGGAAAUUUACACGGGCUAAGGUAACCAAAUAUUUCUCUAUAAAUUUACAAUAAAAAAUUGAAGUUUCGAAUAUUUCGAAGAACGAUGGAACUUCGAAAUGUUACAGAUUAGAGAGAUACUGUGUAUAAUAAGCUUCUUAUUCUAUUAUAAUUACUCUGACGUAACUUUUGCAAUUUUUCACUUUUUUCCACCAUUUGCGUCGGUACAGUUUUCACAACUAUACUUCUAGAGUUUACAUUAUAAUUUUUUAUUAUAGUCUUGUGUUUAUUACAAUCUAAAGUACCUUACGAUUCUCCUUUUGUUGAAAUAUCUUUGAUAAAUCACUUCACACUAAUUAAAUGUGAUAAAAAAAAAAAAAGGAGAAACAGGAAAAGACAGAUCUGUAACAGAAUUGCCUCGAAAACGAAUGUUCAUGUAAUGAUGAUCAAGUUUGAGCAUUUUUUUAAUCAAACAUUCUGUUUAAAAAAUAUGAUUGAACUGUGAUCUGUUGUCAGGACAGUUUAUCAAUGCAGCCUCUCGUUAACGUAGAAAUAUAAAAAACACCGUUUCCAGUCACCGUUUCGAGCUUUACACGUUAUUACAAAACAAAAACAUAAUUAAUACCGAACAAGUAUCGUUAAGCCGUACAGUUUCUAAUUUAUCUUCGAUUUCCUUUCAUCGAUCGUAAUUAGGUUGACACGUGUAAUUCUCAAAUAGACAUAGAGGAAAUCGCUUUCGUGAGGAUCUCAGCGUUUAGAUGAACACUAUCAGUUAACCGUAGGAAAAAAGAAUUAGGAAUAAAUAAAAAAAAUAAAUAAAAGUUAAACCAUGUAUUAACGUAUGUACGUUAAGUUUAAGUGCUAGAUUUGGAUAGCUUCGCUUGAUCAGCUUUCACGAAACGAAAUUAAAACAGGAAUUGGUUGUGGUGAUCAACGGUGAUCUAAAUAAAGUGAUCAUUUUGCACGUAUUGUAUUUAAUGAAACGUUGCGAUUGCCCUUUAAUAGUUUCACGCAUUUCGAAGAAAUGGCAAUAAAUAUUAUACAUACAUAUAAUAUGUAGUUGAAAAUGACGCGCGACGAGAGGAAAUGCACCGAUUUCUUUCUUCAGUUGGACGAUUCGAGAAUCGAGUUUGUCGGAGGACAAGCUUCUUCAGCUUAGACAAAAUUCUGCUCUCUUUGAUAAUAACGUACAGCAUGUCGAGAAAGUCUUUGUACACCCUUUUCAGAAGUUAUUCAAUGUUCCAUCAUUUCGAUCGAGAGGAUAAUGAAUAAACGAUAUUUAUUUUGUGUAAUAGCGUACGUUUGCUGUUGGAAUAUUAACGUGUUAACUGCCACAGUAAAAACUGCCAUAUGUGGUAUGAUAUAUUUUAAUAAGCACCAUAAACAUAUUCACUGUCCUGAGAUCCAUAUGCGAUUCAUAUGUAGUUCAUGAGAAUCUGAAAAUAGAAGUACAUGUUGUUAGAUUUAUAAUUUUAUUCUCUAAUUUCGAUCGUGACUAUUGGGACAAUCAAUAUACAUAUUGAUAAAGAGUAAAGAAAAUUUGGAAUUUGAAAUAUUAUUUGAGUGGAAUAAUAUUUAACCACUUGUUGCUAAAAAUCCAAAUAGGCUACUUCCAUUCUAAGAUUUUGAGAUUCUACAAUACCGAUGGUAAUGACUAAAUAAUCAUUAAUUCUCAAUGCAUCAUUUGAAGUUAUGUAUACGAAGAUUGGCUGAUCUCAUUUCAAUAAAUAAAUUGAUAUCGUUAUAUUCUUCAAUACUCAGUCUUCAUCUUCAUCUAAAAAUGAUCAGACUCUUGUAACAAGUAUUUUACAAUUACACUUAAAAUUUUUCAUUCAUUCUUAUAUUUCUUGACACUUUGACGAUUGGUGUCAUAUAUUUUAUAUGACUUCAAUAUGUAAUAUUUCUUGUUUGAAAAUUGGUAAUUUCAUAGCGUACACCGUAAAAGCUGUUAAAGUGUAAAAAUAUCCCCACAUCCCUAAUAUUAUUAAUAUUUCUAAGGAAAAGGAAUGAAAUCGUCAUCUUUACUGUAAAAAUUCAGACACUGAAUAAAUUCUUAAUCAGGGUGUACCGAAAAAAUUUUCGACAGAUUGCAAGCUGUAUAUGUAUUCGUACACGUUAAGUAUCUCGGUUAAAACGGGCAUAAUCUACCACACGAAUAAACGUAUGUAAAUAAUAAGUGAAUCGUUUCAGUUCAGUUUCUUCGUUGCUUUGAUUGGUAACACGUGUUAUAUGGAUAAACGGCAUUAUCCGAAAUAACAAUGAAAUAAUAGAAACAUACUAGGUAAGGAAAUGUUUGCAAAAUGAAAUUGAAUAAGUGUUUUAAUAUUCUAUCGA